GGAGAACAGUGUGUGGGAAGAUGUAAUGGAGAGGGAGAGAGAGCGUCGGUGGCGUUAACCGGGGUUAAUUAAAGGGUUCGGGCGAGAGCGGACGCUACUCACGCUUGCUAUAAGGGAGAGAGAGGAGGGAGCAGAGAGGAGAGAGGGGUUCAUCGAAAAGCCGGUGGGGAGGGAGGGGAGGCGAGAAGGCUCGAGGAGGAUUAGGGGUUUGCUUGGCCUGAUGGGAGAAUCGAGCAGUUCGGUGUCCGUUGAUGUGGAGAGGAUUUCGUUCGGCGGAAAGGAACAUCAUAUACAAACAAGCCAUGGCCCAGUAUCAGUUGCUGUAUUUGGGGAUCUUGAAAAGCCUGCACUAGUCACCUAUCCAGAUGUAGCUUUAAAUCAUAUGUCCUGUUUUCAAGGAUUAUUUUUUUGUCCUGAGGCUUCUUCAUUGCUGCUUCACAAUUUCUGCAUAUACCAUAUAAGCCCUCCAGGACAUGAGUUGGGAGCUGCUCCAAUUUCUUCAGAUGUUCCAGCGCCUUCUGUUGACCAGUUAGCAGAUCAGGUGGCCGAAGCUCUUGAUUACUUUGGGUUAGGUUCAGUGAUGUGUUUGGGGGUCACAGCCGGUGCUUAUAUUCUUACCCUUUUUGCUACAAAAUACAGGGAGCGCGUGCUUGGUUUGAUGCUUGUCUCACCUCUGUGUAAGUCUCCCUCAUGGACUGAGUGGUUCUAUAAUAAGGUUAUAUCGAAUUUGCUAUAUUAUUAUGGGAUGUGUGGCUUGAUCAAGGAAUGCUUGCUUCAACGAUACUUCAGCAAGGAACUUCGUGGAAGUUCACAGGUUCCUGAAUCUGAUAUCGUACAAGCCUGUAGAAGUGUUAGUACUCUGCAUACCAUACCUCUGCGUGCCUUUUGUGGUGAUUACAAAUUUUCUCUUACAAUGGUCUCUAUUUAUCGCCUGCAGUUGCUGGAUGAGAGGCAGAGCACAAACGUCUGGAGAUUUCUCCAAUCGAUAAAUGGGAGACAUGACUUGACGGAAUCAUUGAAGAAACUGCAGUGCAGGACAGUAAUUUUUGUGGGCGAGAACUCUCCCUUCCAUUCCGAGGCCCUCCACAUGGCCACAAAUCUGGACAGAAGAUACAGCGCAUUGGUUGAGGUGCAGGCGUGUGGGUCAGUUGUGACAGAAGAGCAGCCCCAUGCCAUGCUGAUACCCAUGGAGUACUUCCUCAUGGGGUACGGGCUGUACAGGCCAUGCCAGAUGAGCUGCAGCCCACGGAGCCCACUCAGUCCGUCAUCCAUCUCCCCUGAGCUGCUUUCACCUGAGAGCAUGGGAGUAAAGCUAAAGCCCAUCAAGACAAGGGUCUCGCUGCAAGUUUGAGAGGGCAGGGCGGAGGCGGCAUGAUACACUCACAAGUGGGCGUAGACCCAGGCAGGUUGAAUGAUGGAUUACAUUCGGGAUGUACUUGCUCUAUAGAUAUGGUUUUGUGGCCUUUUUUUGACGUGGGGAACGAACGGAUUUACUGGUCCGUAGGCAUGCAAAAGAUACAAAGUUGAGGUUAGGACCCCUGGGGGGGGGGGGGGGCGGGGAUGUUAUAUUGCUUAAGAUUCUUCUAUUCCAUUCAUUCGUAGUUAUAACCCUUGUAAAUCUUUUCAUUAUUUUAUGAUUUGCAAAUAAAAAUAAGGAAGAUGCGCUGUCAUCAAUCAUUAGAUAUGUGCUGUAAUGUCCUCUUCCGUUAACAAAUUUAACUUUAUUAAGCUGGCCGGACUUCGUGUCCUUUUUUUCAGUCA